AUGGAUGACGAUGAAAUUCAACAACUGCCUUCUUCUUCGGUACCGCUUCUUGACGAUGUCGAGCCUACCGAAGAAACGCCGUUAAAUAACGAUCAGCCGAAUGAAGGCGAAGAAGAUUUUCUACCAUGUAUCGUUCCUGAAGUUUAUGAUUGGAAUACAAGUUUAAUCAGUCAAAUUUGUCGUGAGGGUGAUCUACAUCGUCUGCGUCGAUUCAUUGACUAUAGCCGGCAAAUGACAUUAUUGGCUGAGCAUGCCAGUCAAAUUGCUGAUCGAAUUGAUACUGAUACAGGUCUAUCUCCUUUACAUCACGCUGCUCGAUAUCAGCAAUUACACGUCUGUGUGAUUCUUUUAUCAAACCUGCACUUUAAAUUUGGUGUAAACAUCAAAGAUGCUAAUGGUCGAACGCCGAUUCAUUCAGCAUUUCGUCUAUCACACAGUACGUCCGAUCUAGAAAAUCAGAUCGAUAUAGAUAUUGACUUUGGUGAUCAAUUCCAGGAUAAGCAGAGUUGGCAUGAUGAUUAUACAACCAAAAUUCUUGCAAGUGAUCACCCAUUGAUCUAUCUAUUCGCGAAAGCCAAUGGAGAUAUCAACGCACGUGAUAAGUAUCUUCUCACACCACUCCAUUAUGCUGUAGCUCAAAAUAACCUAUCAGGUGUUAAACAGCUACUUACACUGGGUGCAGAUAUCGAAGCAGAAGAUCGCCAAGGAAUUCGUCCGUUUCAUCUAGCAUGCAAGGAAGGUUACAUAGCCAUUCUCGAAUACCUAAUAGAACACGGAGUAGAAAUCGAUGCUAUUGAUGUCGAUCAUUGGACAUCUCUGCACUAUGCAUGUUCGAAAGGACAUUUCGAUGUAGUCAAACUAAUCCAUUCAAAGGCGAAACCAAUCUUUCAAGAUCUUCUAGAGAUGACCACGAACACAAAUACAACGUGUCUACAUUUAGCCGUACAAAAUGGAAAUAUGCAACUAGUAGAAUUUAUUCUUAAGGAAUAUACCAAUGAUGAUCUAAAACUAUUUAUCAACGAACAAACUGAACCGUUAGGAACUGCUUUGCACAUUGCAGCGAAACUUUGUGAUCCUGCGAUGAUUGAUCUUCUCUUUAACUAUGGAGCUGAGCCGAGUUUGUUGAACUCCAAGUUUCAAUCAUCAUUGCAUAUAGCAAGUGUCGCGAAUCGUUUAGAGAUCGUUCAAGAACUUUAUAAGUUAACAGGUUUGUUGUUAUUGGAAAUCAAAGAUCGUCGCGGUCGAACUGCUUUAUCCGUUACUACAAGUGCGAGUAUUGUUGAUCAGUUGAUUUUCUUUGGUGCUGAUAUUGCUAGUCUUGAUAAUAAAAAUAUGAAUGCAAUCAUGAUUGCGGUAUCUGCUGGCCAAUUAACGAUUGUGAAUCGAUUGUUAUCGGUGCUUAACGAUCAGUUGUAUCCAAUUCUUGAUCAAGUCGAAAAACGAAACGACUAUUCAAUAUUUCUCCUUGCUGUCCAAACUGGUUCUGUCGAAAUGUGCUCGUUAUUACUGACUCAUCCUUAUAUUCGAUGGAAUACAGUCGAUAACCAACGUCGAAAUGCAUUUCACAUCGCAGCACGCAAUGACCACUACGAUGUAAUCGAGUUUCUUUGUGACUACAUUCAGAAAUCCGAUCGAUUCAUGACAAUGAAAAGUCGUAGCUAUUCAACGGCAACCACAAUCGAUUCCGAUUCGGUCAGUAUCAUUGCCAACUCGCCUAUCCUGCGUCCAUAUCUCGAUGCACAAGACGAAGAUGGAAAAACGCCCUUGCAUCUUGCAGCUGAGCAAGGUCAUAUUUCGUCAAUUGAAGUACUUCUCCGAUAUCAUGCCGAUGUUUUACUUGCGAAUUAUCUUGGCCAACUACCACUUCAUGCUGCCAUCCAAAAUGGCCAUAGUCAAUGCGUUGAAUUAUUAAUUCGAACUUCGGUGAAAGAUAUGAAUGAAUUCCGUUCGGUUUUAUCACGUCGCCAAUCACCGUUGAUUUCUGCAUGUCAAAAUGGCUUUGUCGAUAUUGCAGAACUUCUAUUAUGUCAAAAUCUGGGAGUUGAUUUCGAUCAAGAAAAGGAAGAGACACCAUUAGAAAUUGCAAUCAGAUAUCGACAAAAUAACAUCAUUCAUGUUCUUCUACAGCAUCCGCAAACCGAAUCGUGGUUGAUGUCAAAACUGAACUCUCGUCAAACUCCGCUGAGAGAGAUGAUUCAAUACAUGCCAGAUUGUGCGUACCAUGCAUUUGAUAAAUUAAUUUUAAAAACAACGGAAGUGAAUCGUUUCGGCAAUAUUGUCGAACGUACAGUUUAUAAAUAUAAACACCUUGAUGAUUAUUUCCUAGAUAGCGAUAAAUUAUAUGCAACUAGCAGUCGGCAGUUGUAUCGUAAUCAUCCAUUGAUUAUUGCUCUGGAUUCUGGCCAUCAUUCGUUACUUGAUCAUCCUCUUUGUGUACGACUCAUGGAACGAAAAUGGAAAUUGUAUCGUUCAUUGUUUUACUUUCCUCGGAUUUUAGCAUUUCUACUUCUAUCAAUUUUAACCGUCUAUGCACUGAUAAUUCCAGCUCCAUUAAAAACUACAUCCGUAUCUCCGACAUCGUUAUCUUGGCUGUCUUCAAUAAUGCUUAGUUCCACAGUACGAUGGAUUAUUAUCGCAUUGUCGUCGAUGAAUUUAUUGAAAAUCUUCUCUGAAAUCAUUCUCUAUCGCGGCUUUCGUGUUCCGUUUGCGCAACUAUUCGGAAUAAUCUCAUUUGCAUCUUCGAUUGUCGCCUUUAUACCUCAUCAAGAUGCAACUGAACAGAUGAAAUAUCUUCAAUGGCAACUGGUGUCGUUUGGAAUCUUGUUUCAAUGGUUUAAUACAGCAGUUAUUCUUCGUUCAGUGCCAUUUUUCGGUCGCUUCCUAAUCAUGCUCGAAACAGUAUUAACUAAAUUUACAUUAUUAGUUCUUGCUAUGUUUCCCUUGUUGAUUGCAUUUACAAUAUCUUUAAAAAUGAUUUUUUUCAAUCACUCAGCAUUUGUUACAUUGACACAAACUAUACACAAAUCCUCUUCGAUGAUUGUCGGUGAAUUCGAUUACGAAACAUUGUUCUUUUCCAAAGCAACAUUCACUGCUGCAUCAUUUAUAUUCAUACCAUUCGUCGUCAUUAUGACAAUUGUGUUUCUCAAUCUCCUAUUAGGUAUUACUGUCGGCGACAUACAUAAUUCGGUUGAAAAUGCACGCGCCAAAGCGAAUGCAUACUGGAUUCGUGAACUUAUUUAUAUUGAAACAACUCUGCCGACCACAGCAUGGUUAAAAUCGAAUGUCGCCGAAGAUGAAACUGUCAGUAAAUCAUUGAUGAAUGAUUUCUUACCGAAGCAAACUGAAUCAGAAGAAGAAGAUGAUGAUGACGAUGAUGAUGAAUCAGUGAUCAAUCAUCCUUACGCAGUCGAAUUAAGGAAGCUAAUUGAUAUUCUUCAAACACUCUGUGUACAAGCCAAACAGGUUUUAGAACAAGAAAUCGAUCUCGAAAAAACAUUGAAGCAAUUACUUAAACGACAGCGAAGCCGUGAUUCGUCACGGUCAGAUAUUGAUAAAUUCUUAAGAGUAAAACUUGACUAA